AUGCUUCCCGAAGGCAAAACCAUUUUCAUGGCCCUUCUUCUAGCUUACUGUGCUGCGGCUGCGCCUGCCCAUAUUGCACAGCCAGUCCAAGUGCAGGGGGUAAUCGACGCUCUCAAGGCCCAGCUGAAGGCCGACAACAUCCCCGACGCCCCUGCUAUCGUCGACGAGGCUGAAGCAGCCCUAAAGGCAAACGGCGCCCUCAACGCUGAGACCAUCGCCAGGCUCAAUGACGAGAUCCAGGCAAGAAAUCGGACCCGCUCCCUCGUCCUGACCAACGAGGGCGGCUCCAGUGUUGAGAGCAUUGCCAAGGACACCAUCGAAUACCUCAUCUCGAAGGGCGUCAUCCAGAAGCCAGAUCAUGAUGUGGCUGGGAGUGGUGCUGUCGUCCUCGAUGCUGAGGUCGUCAAGCACGUCUUGAUUAGUGCAUACACUUGCCCCGAUGGCAGUCAGGCAAAGUGGUGCUGUGUGAUCUUGUAG